AUGGGUGCUCUGCUGAUGAAGCCAAGGGCUUCUGCCACCGUCGGUGAAAAACUCGACAAACUGAGCAACCCCCGAAACAUCAAGCCCCCGGUGCCGAAGCUGGGAGGUGCCAUGUCCGGGCUCCAGAUGCUCCCCGAGUGCACCCGCUGCGCGAACGGCAUCGUGGGCACCAUCGUCAAAGCUCGGGACAAGCUCUACCACCCCGAGUGCUUCAUGUGCGACGACUGCGGGCUCAACCUGAAGCAGAGAGGGUAUUUCUUCAUCGAGGAGCAGCUGUACUGCGAGACGCACGCCAAGGAGAGGGUUAAGCCCCCCGAGGGAUAUGACGUGGUGGCUGUUUAUCCCAACGCCAAGGUUGAACUGGUCUAAACCCGGGCUGUGCUCUGGAGAGCCCACCCACGUCCUCCCCGCCGGCUGCGCAGUGUGGCUGUCAUCAACCCCCACUACCAAAGCCCAAGUUAAAAUGCCUUUUUUUUUCCUAGAUAAAGCCGUUUACACUUGGGAUCUCCGGGGGCUGGUGUUGAAAGCAUACGAACAGGUUUUUCCCUUCUUUUUGACACUCUGCUUUUUGGGUUGCUGUGGUGGGUUAUUAGUCUGUGCCUUAACCUUAUCCAAGAUCUGUGUAAAUAUUGAUUAAUUCUCUACUUUGUUUCAUAUAAAACCAGUAUUCUUUUUUUUUUUUUUUUUUUUUUUUCCCCUCUUCUUUUCUCAAAAAGCAAGGAAGAUGUUUUUAAAACUCCAAGAAAAUAAGGCACUUUAACAAAAGAAGCUGACUCCUGUAUCCUGACCUUAAUCUCCUGCCCUCCAGCUGCCCUGGUGAUUAAAAACUGACCCCCGAGGAGCCUGGGGUGCAGUACCAGGGGGUCGGGGUCCCUGGCUCAGCCCCAUCCCAGCGGAUGUGCCAGGGAAGGGUGGUCUCUUAAAACAGCAUUUGCUGUGAAAUUCCCUGGAUGGGGGCACUGCAGUUUGAGGCUGACACGGAUCCGUCCGAGUUCCCCGAGAGAUCUCCACACUGAGCGUGUGAUGAGGCUUUGCUUUUCCUUCCUUUGCUCCUAAUUCAGUUGUUCUGUCAUCUAAUCACCCGAGCGGCGCCUUCAGAGGACACUGAAACAGGACAGAGCCCACCUCGGCUAUUCCCACCUCCCUGCUCCUGCCCCACGGUGGUCCCUGCUUUGGCCAUUCUGACUUUUCUUCCCCAGCUUUGGCUGUAUUUUUUUAGUCCUUUAUUUCUAGAACCCCACCUGUGUCUGCCUCGCAGCGGGGAGGUGUCGAUGAAACCCCUUCAGGCCCUUAAAAGAAGGAACUGGAGUGGGGGUGACCCAGCCGUGAGCCCCGGGCCCAGGGGCAGCAGGUUCAGAUUUAUACCCUCAUCCCAAGGCUGCAUCUUUGGUCAGGUCCAUUGCCCACUUGAUUUGCUGGGAAAAGGUUUUUAAGGAUCUUGGAUGUUGCUUUGUUGGAGAAAUGUUUUUUUUUUUCACGUUAGUGUUUGGAGGAGAGAGAGUUUAGUCUCUCUUUCGGUGGUGGUAGGAGCCAUGUGUUUGGUACCACAAGGUUAUUUCUGUUUCCUCCUCCUCACUUCAGAGAGGGAGGAUGGGAGUGACAAAAAGAAAUGUCUGUGCUCACUUCCCUUCUGUGGAAGAGCAAAGUAAGAGAUGGAGUGAUGGCCAAAGCACUUCUUCCCUUUCUGGCUCUACAUAACAGGGGUCUGAGAAAUCCAGACUGGAGGAGGGUCAGGAGCAUUAUCCCAGUCGGAGCUGGGCGUGAAAUUUCUUCCUACACCCCAGAGGGAGUAAGGAUUUUAGGGUGUUACAGGGCCACAUCUAGACCCUUUUUCUGUGGUGCCUUAGAGGGAUUUAGGCAGCUCCUGCCCUGCCCCAGCAGCGCUGCAUCCUGAGCCUGCAUCCCAGCUGGGUACCACGGCCGGGGGGAUGCUGGCUCUGCACGGUCCUGCCAGCAGCAGAACAUCCUCAUCAUCCUCCCCCUCCUCCUGCCACUGGGAUUUUUAGUUUUUAAAGUACAGGAAACACGUGGAGAUUUUUAUCACAGCGCUGAGCCUGCUUUUUCUUGUAUUUGCAUGGCCUUGCUCGGUGGGUGGGACCGUCUGAUGGGGAGUGUUUGGGACACCUGUAGAUGCUGAGGAGACUAACACUGAUCAGGUGGGAAGCGUUUCUGCCCUCGUUUGCCGGCCUCUGCUCCCAGCUCUUUGGAAACAUUUCUUCUGGAUUCCUCCAUUAACCUCAUGCGUUGCUGGGCGAAGCUCCCCUGCCUGGAGCUUGAAAGUCCAGGUUUCACCCAAGCCCAGGGCUGAACCCAGCUGGGCUGAGCAAUGGAAAACUCACGGCAGGAGUGGCACAGGGUGCUUUUCCCACUUCCCGUGGCAGACAGCCCCAGCUGGGGCUGCGUUUCACUCUCUGCAGCUCUUGUCCAUCUUUGACUCCAUCCGUGCAGCGGUUGUGUCCUGCCCUGGCACAGGGAACACCUUAGAAAUUCAUUAAUUGUUUAAUUGCCCUCAUUUUGAAGGCCAGAGUGGGCUGCUUGCAGGGCAUCCUUGGUCUUGCCCAGCUGUGCACCAGUACAGCACUGGGAGUGCUGGGCACGGGACGUUUCUUUUAAGUUGAAGCCAAGUUCCUACGAACUGACUUUUCUACUCAAUUCUCUUGUGACACCUUCCUUAGGAGCAAUCAGCUCAUUUCAUCCCCCUAAAGCUGGACCUGCCUCACACAACCCCCUCCCGGGGCACAUGGAUUCCUGCCUUCGGGCCACCCCGUUGCCGUGUGGGGUCUGUAGGAGCCGGGAGCCCGCGGUGUCCGUGGGUAACGCUGUUCAACUCUGUACAACGUGGGGAGGGAGCCCUUUGUAUGAAAUACAAAAUAAAACUGUAUUGUGGGGUUUAUGUCUCA